GAUAUCUUAACGUAAUAAUUAAAUUCACAAUUAAUAACAAUGUAUUAUGAAUAAUGUGUUCAGAAGAGGAGCAAAAUAAAUUCUGACAACAGAGGAAAGUUAGAAGUGAACUACAUAGCUGGUUCAAAGUCAUUUGUACAAAUUCGUCACGACAUGCGAGAUUCUAUCACUAGCCAGGAGCCCGGACCAAUAGACUUCUACAAAGGGACUCAUUGUCGGCAGGCGACAGGAUCUUGGGUACAUCAUAGAGCCAGUGAGAUUUGGGAGGAGAUGGACACCUUACGCAAUCAGCCCACUCCCGAUGGUACUCAGUGGAGUGAGCCAGAGAUCUUGAGUCAGGUGCUUAACACCCGUUCUAGAUAUGUGCAUGGAUUUGGCCAUGGUGCCAAGCUCAUGGCACCCGCUAGAGCUGCCUCUAGCCGAUCCAUCGUCAUUGGCGAUAGUGCCGUACGCCGAGCUGAUAUCCUAGAGAGAGAGGUUCAGCAGCUACGGGUCAUCGUCGAUGACAUCAAAGAUCAGCUGGACAGGCAGAGGGAGGAGUAGGAGAGGAAGAUGAUGGAUCAGCUGGCGAGGUAGAGGGAGGAGCAGGAGAGGAGGAUGGAGGAGAUACGGGUGGAGCAUGAGCAAUGGAUGAUGGAGAUGUUUCAGGUUAUCGCUGCACGCUUACCCACCGAU